AUGCUGUAUAGGCCGGACUUUAAGCCAUUGCUCAACAUUUGUCGGGGGCUCGGCGGCGGCGGCGGCGGCGGAGGCCGGUCUGGCGGCAAGCCCGUCGACUGGCCCAGGUCCGUCGACAACGAGGACGACGACAACAUCAGCAAGCCCGAGUCGUCUUCGGCGGCGCCAUCGAGCAGCCCGCCGCCGCCCGUCGACGCAGCUCGGUCCAGGGAAGAAGGAGGAGGAGGAGGAGCAAACCCCAAAGGGUCAGGGUUGUUCGAGCCCUCACAGCUGCUAGAGCUCCCUUCUGAUGCGAUACUGUUGAUAUGCGAUCAACUGGACACCCCCGAGGCGCUCAGCCUGUCCCUCACCUGCAAGAGCCUCUACCGCCUGUGCUUCUCCAAGUAUUCCUCGUGCCGCGGGGCGCUGUCUUCGGAGGAGCGCAGGCGGUUUCUCCUGCUCCUAGAAAGGGAUCCUCGGAUGGGGCGCAGCGUCUUUUACUGCUACCCGUGCAACUCGCUUCACCAGUUUGAGGAGCACUGGGGCCCCCAUUCGAGCUCAAACGGCGGUGGUGGCGGCGGCGGCGGCGGCGGUGAUGAUGUCGUCCAGCAGGGCGAGGAUCAGCAGCAGCAGGACAUCUCCUCCUCCUCCUCCUCCUCCUCCAGACGAGAACAACAAGACUGCGACAACCGCGAUCGCUUCUCCCCGAUCGGCAACCGCUUCAACCUCUCCUACACCCUCGCGCGCCUCGUCAUGAACCGCCACCUAUACGGGCCGGCCCACGGCAUCCCGCUGCGCAACAUCUGCGUCAGCCACGUCGCGGAGAGGGACGUGCUCCGCGUCCGCUGCACCACCGACGCCCGGAUCCGCGGCGGCGAGCUGUACCUCCUCCGCACGUACGACUUCUCCCUCGCGCGCGGGGACGUCGACGAGUUCCGCAGGUGCACCGGCGCGCGCGACUUUCGCCUCUGCCAGCACAUGCCCCUCCUCUCCGGCAGCUCCGCGUACCGCCAGCACAUUGCCGAGCUGCAGCGCAGGCCAUCGCCGCCGCCGCAGCAGCAGCAGCAGGCCAACAACAACAGCAGCAGCAGCAGCAACGAGCCCGGGCUCGUGCCCUGCCGGGACGCUCAGGGCUCGUGCGGCAUCUGCCUCAUGGACUACGACAUCACCAUCUCGGCCUCGACUUCGGCGAGCGGCGGCGGCGGGGUCGGGGCCUGGGACGUGAGCAUCAGGGCCUACCACCAGCUCGGCGCCUGCCGCUCCCCCGACGACUGGAAGUGGGCGCGCUUCACCGAGGCCGUCCGUCCGCAUCUCUUCUUCCCCAACCGACCGAACCGUCGGGGCUCGACGCUGGGUGCCAGGGCCGUCAAGGAGCUGUGGAUGGGCGGCGCCGACGCGGGCGAAGGGGAGGGUGGACGUGGUGGCGUCGCAGCGGCGGCCACAACCACGACCACGACCACGACGAUGAGCCAAACUGAUCUGCCCAUCUCCCUGCCUUCCUGCUUGUGGCGCCAUGCAACCCCCCUGACUGAACCCCCAGUCUGACGACGCGCCCGCCAAGAUCAUAACGUCCCAUCGUGCCUCUAUCCCAUCGGAGAAUCGCGGCCCAAUCCCAGAGGCUUGGUUUGACUCCGAGCGGGCAGGAAAGACACUUCUGUGCUUCCGCAGCGCCAGACCUCUGGCAAGCGUCGCACUAUUCUCAUCCCAGCCUUAGGAACCGUGCAAGCCGGACGGCGAUGUGCUUGAGCCGGCGACGGGGUGGUAGCCUGUGUGGCCAACAGGAAGCGUCCAGAUGUCCAUGUGUAUGUAAGAAUAAGUGAACAUGGAGCUCUGCAUUGUGGAGGACCGCAUAGCCAAAGGCGAGCACCAACCAAUGGCACCAGACGGUAGACUUGUUUAUCCAUCCCUGAGCAUGAGGUACUCAACACACGCAGCUUCCCUGAGACGUCCGUCUACAACGAAGUGGUUGGGCCGUCGCAACUUGCACCGGCUCGGACCAUUCACUCACUCACUGAAGUCACAACAGAUGGCUAGGCAAUGCAAUAGCUUCUUUAAUACAGAAAAA